AUGCUAUCUUCUUGCCGAACGGGUAAAAGUUACUCGAAGGAAGAAGAUAAAGAGGUGAUAAUCACUCAAAACGCAGCAGGAUCUAACAACGCUGAGUUAUUUGUAGGCCUUACUAUCGCACAGAGCGACGGAAAUCCAAAGUCGUGUGAGAUAUUGAGACCUAUAAAUGAAAAACUUGCAAUUAAAAAGUUUGCAGAUGGUUUACGCAACAGGCGGCUAAGUACAAUUAUAUCUGCUCGAGACUACUCUGAGCUGAAGGAUGCAGUGCGUGCUGCUGAAGAUGAGGAACUUGGACAGCCUUCGUCUCCUUACAACAUAUUCAAUGCACAAAGAAAAGAUUACCAUAUAUGUAGUUUAAAACCGGAAAUAGAAAAACAAAUAAAACAAAUGUUAGAUGAAGAUAUUAUAGAACCAUCACAAAGUGAGUGGUCCAGUCCUAUACUAUUAGUACCUAAAAAAUCAGACGAUAAAAACAAUAAAAAGUGGAGAUUAGUAAUUGACUACCGUAAGUUAAAUGACGUAAUACAGGAUGAUAAAUUCCCAUUACCGAACAUCACGGAAAUAUUAGACUCACUCUCAGGUGCAAUCUAUUACACGCAUUUAGACCUUAGUCAAUCUUAUUAUCAAUGUUCAUUAAAACCUGAAUCUAGACCGAUAACAUCGUUUACAACUGGUACAGGUCAAUAUCAAAUGAAGCGUCUUCCUAUGGGAUUAAAAAUCAGUCCCAGCGCUUUCUCUAGAGUAAUGUCAGUAGCUAUGUCAGGUCUUAACUACGUAAAUUGUUUUAUUUAUUUAGAUGAUUGUAUUUGUUUCGGGAGAAAUUUAGAAUCGCAUAACAAAAACUUGAUAGAAAUUUUCGAACGCUUACGUAAAGUCAAUCUCAAAUUAAAUCCCAGUAAGUGUCAAUUCUUAAAAACAGAAUUAUUAUAUUUAGGUCAUACCAUAUCUUCUAAGGGAAUACAACCAGAUCUAGACAAAAUAAAAACUAUUCAAAAUUAUCCAACACCGACAAACGUUGAUGAAGUAAGACGUUUUGUCGCGAUGUGUAACUACUAUAGAAAAUUUAUUAACAAUUUUGCAGAUAUAACGAAUUGUUUAAACAAACUUUGCAAAAAGAAUGUCAAAUAUGAAUGGACUGAGCAAUGCGAUAAAUCAUUUAAUAUUUUGAAAAAUGCUUUAAUUAAUCCUCCUAUUUUACAAUACCCUGAUUUUUCAAAAGAAUUUAUAUUACAAACUGACGCGUCAGGAACAGCCAUAGGUGCAGUACUUUGUAAUAACAACAUGAGAGUUGUAGCAUAUACUAGCAGACCUUUGAAUAAAGCUGAAUUAAAUUAUCCGACUAUUACAGAAAGAGUUAUUCGCUAUAGUUUGGAGUGUAAAAUAUUUCAGACCAUACUUAUAUGGACGUACUUUUACUAUCAUGACAGACCAUAA